ACCCAUCUCCUUCCUCCUACUAUUUAUAUUUUCUCUGCGAACAAAAAGGUUUGCUAAAUUGUAAUUAGUUAUUUAUUUUGCUUUUGAAUUCUUGUCUCUCUUUUUUUCAGCGUAAAUACCCAGAGAAUGUUUUUUAGCUGUCUGUUUCCAAAGAAGAACAAUGCAUGCAUAAGCAUAUCCCCACAACUUCUCUUUCUAGUGAACAGAUUCGAAAUAAGUUUGACGAAAUCGAUUGCAGAACUUGUACCAGAGGAUGAUAAUGAUAAGGAUGAUUUUCUCAAUUUUUCUUGGAUGAUUACAGCAAUGCACUCUCUUUGUGAGACACACUUGGGUUUCACGGCACUCAUGACCACCGACGUAGACCUUCCCGUAUCCGACAUGGAAGAAAGUUUGAUUGAGAUGUACGUUGACAUCAGUUCGAAGCUGCUUGAACUCUGCGACGCCUUCACCUCAGAGCUGCACCGUCUUAACCACGGAAACAUGUUUCUCAACGUUGCUUUUAGUAAUCCCGAGGAGUUUGAUUUAUCGCAGGUCGACCGUUGGAAGCAGUACAUGGCUUCCAAGAACCCGAGCAUCGAGAACUGCGGUGAGGUUUUGAGAAGUCUUAUUAAAUCGCUGAAUCGUCAUCAUCAUCGUCUCUACAAGAAGGUGACGAAGAAGAAGAAGAAGAGUCAAGAUGCAAAAGAAGGAAAAGAAAAAGUUCUCCUGCGAUCUUUAUAUGGUGCAAUGGUCAAUACUUUAUACAUAUUCAGUGUGUUUGCUGCUGCGUUUACUCGUUCUUCCAAGAAUCUCUUGCAUUUAACCAUUACAAAGGAGAUGGAGGAGGAAGAGGAGGAGGAGGUUCGUUGGGGACAAGCUUUCGUGGAACUGCAGAACAAGGUCAACCUGGAGAUCCAAAACACGUCUUUAUCAGAGAGUUUCGGGGUUAUAAGAGAUCUCGAGGCUGUUGAAUCUGGUGUGGAGAAGCUUUACGCAGCGGUCCAAGAAGGGUGUCCUGAUUUAUUGAUGGUGAUGGAGCCAUUGAAGCAAUCAGUGAAACAACUUUCAGAAAGGUAUGAUCUUAUCUACAAGGCAACGCGUUGCUUGUGGGACGAGGUGAGCCUUGCUCGAGACGUAUUGAGUGAGAGGCUCCUGACUUAAAGAGUGACGUUGCUGAUGCAGCAGCAUCCUUGGCGCCAACCUGAAGAUGACGAGAAGAUUCAAAUCAUAAUUAAGGCUUUUAGAUUUUCGUUUUAUC